AUGCUGAAGAAACGUUCAAUGACAAUGACAUGCUUGUUUUCAAAAAUUACGAUGUCUGAUGAACCAUUAACUAUGGAUUAUUCGACAUUUAUGAAUACACCACCAGAUUUCGAGUGUUGGUGUGGAGCACUAGAAUGUUGUCGUCGACUCAAACCUGAUGAGUACAAAGAAAAAUGGUUUCAAGAUCGCUAUGGCUCAAACGUCAGUCCGUACAUACGAAUGUUGAUUAAUAUCGAAAAUAUGAAAAAUAACAAUGAAACAAAUUAA